GGAGCUGGCAGCCCGCUCAGGAUAUUCCCUGGAAGGAGUCAUGGCCCAGCGAGGAGCCCCCGCCUCCUGACGGCGAGGAGGUAAAGACACGCAAAGGACCGUGAGACUCUGAGCGGCACCGUCAUGGACCCAAACAUUCACGCUCUGGAGCUGUUGGGGGUCUUCUUCUCUGGGGGGGCCUGGCUCUGCUCGCUGGCCACCACCCUGAUGUCCACCUGGCUCACGCUCUCCACCGACCUGCUCCCCACCGAGAGCUAUGAGCUGGGGCUGUGGGAGACCUGCGUGGUGCAGGAGCACGGGUCGCUGAUGUGUCGCCCCUACGACAGCCUCCUGGGCCUGCCGCCGGACAUCAAGCUGGCCCGGAUCCUCAUGUGUGUGACGCUGGCCGCCGGGCUGCUCGGACUCCUGCUGGCCAUCCCCGGCUUGCACGUGGUCAACAGCUGCCAUGACCAGCUGGAGGACCUCCGCUGCAAGAGGGCACUGAAGAUGGCAGGGGGCACGCUGUGCCUGGCGGCCGGGAUCCUGGGGCUCAUCCCGGUCUCGUACAUCGCCCACAUGGCGGUGUUGCGGUUCUUCGACGAGUCGAUGCCGGAGGUGGUGCCGCGCUGGGAGUUCGGGGACGCUCUGUUCUGCGGCUGGACAGCGGGAGUUCUUCACCUGGUGGCAGGGACGCUGCUGCUGUCUUCCUGUUUGUGUCUGCAGAGGGAGAACUGUAACGCGCCCGUCCACGUCCCUCUGGUGAGGGUGAGGGAGCAGCCAGGACAGUCCCCCAUCAAGAUCAAAUCUGAGUACGUCUGAGACGAUCAGGGACGCCACAAGUCUGUUUCCAUAGCUACUCCCAGUAAAACUGAUUGUUUCCCCAGUGAGGCUCUGAAUGGCAGAUUUAAUGUUGUAAUGAGACGAAUGUCUAAAACUCUGAUUCAGAAAUACGUAAAGAAAAUAAGUCAUUUUUUAGAGGCGACGAACUCCUCUGCAGCCAGACUUUGUUAAAACACACAAAACCUCAUCACACAAAUUUAUUUUUUCAUGUCUGACGACAAAGAAUGAAAAAAAUAAGACAAAUUCAGGGUCAGAGGGUAGAAACUGUGCUCACACCUGAACAGUCUCCAGAAACUAUUUCAGGCCGACAGCAGAAACAACACUGCUGUAAAAACGUUUGUUUUCCUAAUGAGGCUCUGAAUGAGAGAUUUAAGCUGCAGUGGAAGAUAAAAGAGUCAAAAGUCUGGCUAGAUUGAAAUUGAAAUAUUUAAAGGUUUUUUUCUCUGUCUGAUUUAACCCCUGAGAACCUAAAGCUCUCCUUACACGUCCUGGUUUGUCUCGCUCGGCUGCAGCUCUUCAAAAUAAAGGUUUGAACAAAGUCCGGCUGCCUCACUGGAGCUCUGGAACAAACUUUUAUUUUGGAAUAUUUCAAUUUCUAGUCGUUAUGAAAUGAGUUUCAAUCAUUCAGAUGUUUUCAUGGAGCCAAAGAGACUAAACGUGCUGCUGUUUCCUGUUUUACUGGUUCAGUAAUAAACAACAACAACAGAUGAUAAACUAUGAUCAAUACUCGAUAUUGAUCGGUUCAGUCAGCGACUGAUGAUGAGGAGUAAAAUCAGAGGUUAUAAAGACAGAAGAGACGAAGCUGCUGAUGUGUUUUAAAUCACUUCACCUUCAAUCAGACAGGAAGCAGUAUUAUUGAUCAUAUUAUUGAUUAUUAUUGAUUAUUAUGUAUGAGUAUUGAUGAUUAUUGAUGAUCAUGCUUUGAAUCAUGUCACUGUU